CAAAUAUCCUGCUGGUGUGGUUUACGCAGGAUAUAUGUCAUUUCUAGCGCCUUUUUGCCUUUAACUUUGCUUAUGGGCUUCUCUUUUGAGAUUUGAAUGCAUAUGAGGACAUGAAUUCGGCCGAACAGACCAUCACAUGGUUAAUAACGCUGGGUGUCCUGGAAUCACCCAAAAAAACACUAUCGGAUCCUGAAGGGUUUUUACAAGCGUCCCUCAGAGAUGGAGUGGUUUUGUGUAAACUAUUGGAACGGUUGCGACCCGGUGCGGUUCACACGAUCUAUCAGGACCCGAGGAAGGAGAGCGAGUCUUUGAGUAAUAUCAGAGAGUUUGUGAAAGGCUGUGCAUUACAUCACAUAGAGGUAUUUGAGGCCAAUGAGCUGCUUCAGGGCCAGAACUUCACGAAGGUUUUGAAUUGCUUGGUUGCACUCAACAAAGCAACUUCAGAUUGCGGUGGUGGGAGUGAUUCUGUGUGUCUUCAUAACUCGUCUUCUCUCCAGAUCAAGUCCUUUGACUCCAUCAACUGUCCAUCCACUCACAGUAGAUCCUCCAGACACAAGUACAACCAGUACCGCAGUCUGGACAUGUCUGAAAGCAGUGGCCUUCAGGUGCUGGUGAAAGCAAAGUUUAACUUCCAGCAGACCAAUGAGGAUGAGUUGUCCUUCAGUAAGGGUGACAUGAUCCAGGUGACACGGCAGGCAGACGGUGGCUGGUGGGAAGGGACUCUCAAUGGCAAAAGCGGCUGGUUUCCUAGCAACUAUGUCAAAGAGAUCAAAGGCUAUGACAAACCUGUGUCUCCCAAGUCUGCAUCACUGAAAAGUCUGCCCAAGGGCUUUGAGACUGCUAACGUCUGCAAGACAUACUAUAAUGUGGUGGUUCAAAAUAUUGUCCAGACAGAAACGGAGUACUGUAAAGAGCUGCAGACUCUCCUCUCGACGUAUCUAAGAGUGUUACAGCCCACUGACAGGCUCAGUGUGUCAGAUAUCAGUCACAUCAUGGGCAAUCUGGAGGAGAUCAGCUCUUUCCAGCAGACACUGGUACAUUCACUGGAAGAAAGUGUCAAAGUUCCAGAGAGUCAACAGAGAUUAGGAGGCUUCUUCCUGUCUCUCGUCCCUCAGCUGAGGGGCUUGUACGUGACCUACUGCUCAAACCAUCCAUCUGCUGUUAACGUCCUCACACAACACAGUGAGGAACUAGGGGAAUUUAUGGAAAGUAAGGGUGCGAGCAGCCCUGGAAUUCUCACACUCACCACAGGCCUUAGCAAACCCUUCCUGAGACUGGAAAAAUACACUACACUACUCAAAGAAAUGGAGCGACACAUGGAGGAGAUCCACCUUGACCGUCCAGACAUUCAGAAGAGCAUGGCAGCAUAUAAAAAUCUCGCUGCUCAUUGUCAAGAAGUGAGGAAGAGGAAGGAACUUGAGCUGCAGAUUCUGACAGAGUCAAUUCGUGGUUGGGAAGGGGAGGGAAUUAGGACCCUGGGCUCUGUUCUCUACAUGUCACAGGUCCUCAUUCAGAACCAUGGCACUGAGGAAAAGAAUGAGCGACACUUGUUGCUGUUUCCUCACAUUCUUCUCAUGUUGUCCACCAGCCCUCGAAUGAGUGGUUUCAUCUUCCAGGGAAAACUCCCUCUAACAGGAAUGGCUGUUAAUAAGAUAGAAGACAAUGACUCGACAAAAAAUGCUUUUGAAAUAUCUGGAAAUAUGAUUGAACGGAUCCAGGUGAUCUGUAAUAACCAGAGAGAUCUCCAGGAGUGGAUGGACAAUCUGAACCGCCAGACCAAACGCACUUCAACCAGCAAUAUAAAACCACAGAACACACCCUGCCAUACACUGCCUUCUCAUCCGUUCACACCAUCCAGACACUCAGAGAAUCGAGUUCUAAGCGGAUCUCCAGUCUACCACACUCUUCCUCACCUCUCUUCAUACGGGACCCCACUCAGUGGAAUGAUGUGGGGCCCCCUUGAACCCCCUAAAACCCAAAAACCAUGGAGUCUCAGCUGUCUCCGACCUGCACCACCCCUAAAACCAUCAGCUGCAUUGUGCUACAAAGAGGAUCUCAGCAAAAGUCCUAAAAGUAUGAAGAAGCUUCUGCCAAAACGGAAACCUGAGAGGAAGCCAUCUGAUGAAGAACUGGCAGUAAGAAAAAGCACUGCAGCUCUAGAGGAGGAUGCUCAGAUCCUGAAAGUGAUUGAAGCAUACUGCACAAGUGCUAAAACACGACAGACACUAAACUCAACAUGGCAGGGCACCGAUUUGAUGCAUAAUCACGUGCUGGCUGAUGUUGACCAAUCGUGUGUGGAUGCCAUUGGUUGCCGUAGCAGUGGAUUUCCCUCUGACCAAUCAGAAGACUCUGACUAUGACAGUAUAUGGAUAAAUCACACUAACAGAAUGGGCUCAAUGUCCCGCUCAAGGAAGGAUUCAGGGCCACAUAUGCUUUUUCCUGAAGAAGAGAAAAUCAUUGUCGAAGAGACCAAGAGCAACGGUCAAACCGUAAUUGAAGAAAGGAGUCUAGUGGAUACAGUUUAUGCCUUAAGGGAUGAGGUACAAGAACUUAAGCAGGACAAUAAGAGAAUGAAACGAACUCUUGAAGAAGAGCAAAAGGCACGGAAAGAGUUGGAGAAGACUGUCAGGAAAGUGUUAAAGAGUAUGAAUGACCCGUCCUGGGAUGAGACUAAUUUGUGAAGCUCAUUGGUGCAUUCAUGUCUUAAUGCAACACUUUUUACAUGGAAACUGCUAAUAUUGUCUUAUCUAAAUGAUGAAUCAGUCUUAACUCCUGACCAAAAAAAUAUUGUAAAUAUUGUGACAGAAAUGAACUUUAUAAGGCUUUUUAUUUUUACCCAACCCUUUUCAAGCCGUUUUCGUUUGCAUUGCCAAGUAUGUAGUUCGACCAAUUUUUUAAACAUUCUAUAAUGAUAAAGAAAAUUAGUCUGGACAUCAUUUAUUACCACAGGAACAUAUCUCUUGUCUCUACAGGAUCAGGUAUGGUUUGGCCAACCUGUCCAAAUGACUUCUUGCAGUUUGAUCAUCUCAAGGACAGGUCAUUGGUUCCUAGUCUGAAACUGGGUGUCUCAGGGAUGAUAGACAAUACUGUAUAUUCAAAUAUGUUCCCAGGUCUGCAUCACUUGCUGUGUCCUCUGACUUUUGGAAAGUGAUGACAUUCAUUUGGAUUUUUCCAAUGGGGAAAAAACCUUGCAAUACAGUCCUGGAGACAUUUCAGUAGGAACUAGGUUUUGUUUUUCAGAGAUUUAUUUGUUUUUUGUUACACAUUUCAAGGUUUUAAAAUGACCUCAAUUUUAAUUUUGUUUGAUUGCUGUUGUGCACAUUGCAGCUUUUACUAUGAUCCGCUAUACUUAUUGUAUGUUGAUUCACCGAUUUUUGUUUUGUACAGAAAUAAUACUAUAAUGCUCAGAAAGGUGCCUUUUUUUGAACUGAUAUUUCCAGAAUUUUGUCAGCAUUUCUAGUUCUGUCAGGAUUUUAAAGAACCUUUGUGAGAGACCUGUACGAUAAGAUUGAUUUUAAUUAACACUAAAUCUGUGGUGAGAAACUUGUUGUCUAAUUUAUGUAUUUAAAUGAACUAUUGUCUACUGCAAAUCUACUGUGUAUUGUGAAAUUGAUCCCUUUCUUCCAGAUAACCUCAGCUACUCUUUCUUCCCAGAGCACUCUCUCAAACUUACUAUUUCUUGCUGAUUGAAUUAAAUAAAGUUAUUAAUCCGACAUGUCAAA